GCAAAGUUCAUAGAAAAACAAUCACUCAGCAUUUUAAAAACUUUAGCUCUCUUUUUUUUGUUGAAAGAGUACUAGUAAAGAUCUACCAUGAAUCCUAAAAGGAAGCAGUGCACUUGUCUUGUAGUUGGAAUAGUCUCAGUUCUUGCAUUAGCAAUACUAAUAAUAACAUACAGUUCAGUCAUGAUGACUGCUUUUAGUGGCCCUGGUUCAGUCUUUGCUGGUGGUAACGUAUUUAUAUCUCUUCAUUCAAAUGGGUUUGAUACUGAAGUGGUUAAAGGACUCCGUGUAAUGCCACAGUCAGUAGAUAAUGAUGUCUUUUAUUACAUUCAGUCAUGCAAUGUGAAGAGUAUCAAAACCAGCUUCUUGCCAUUAAGAAUGCACAGCAUUGCAUUGAACCAACAGCAACCCAUACCUGUAAACUAUUAUAAUGGGGACAUUCCUAUUCAUACUCUUAAUACUGGCUCCAUCACUUACUCAGCAAAUUAUACAAAAAGUUUUUGUUUGACAGUUUUUAACGAUAUAAGCAGGUAUCAAAGUUACAUUGCUAAUUCUGAUAUUUCACGUAAUACCGGUAUCAGUACCUUCUGCCUUCACCGAUCAACAGGAGGGCAUUCUAGUGGUACUUUGCUAUUGAAUGAAACUAACUUUUACUUCAUUGCUGCAGUGAUCAGUGAGCGAUCCAGUGAUACGUUUAUCAAGCUAAACAUCAGUGCCAACAUUACCACAUACUCUGAUAGCAAUAUCGACAGCUGUUCAUUGAGUGAUACAGAGAGAUCAUGUUACAUUGAUAUAUCAAGCUACAAAGGAAAAAGCAUAUGUGUCUAUAUACAAUCAGAGAAAUAUCAAUCCAUAACAUACAGUGUAUCACAUACUCCCACUCUUGUUGGCUUUGUUGCAGCUUCAGUGAUCAUAACAGUAGUCAUAAUUAUAAUGAUAAUAGCUAGUACCAUCAUUGUCACAUGCUUUCUAUUAAAGGAGUUUCAGAAUAGUUAUGCAUCAGCUACUAGCUCUACUGCUAAAUUACAGUCUAAUAGUGGCUUUGAGUUGGAAAAGUACAGGCCAAAAAGAACAAGUUUAAUUCGGGGAAUAUCAAAAAACAGCAAUCAAAAUGCUAUAAUCUAAUGAUGUAAAAUUUUGCUGUUGUUGUUGUUGUUGUUAGUUGUUUUUAGUUGCUAAGAAAAAUUAAUAAUCCAAAUUCCAGCAAAUUUUGUGGUGCUGACAUUGCAUAACUGACACUGUGGCUCACAGCUUGGAAAACUGCCCAUUGCCAUAUAAAUUAAUGAUAUAAUAAUUGUUUUUGGGUUCAUGCCAAAUUGUGAUGUGUUAUGCAGCCUCAGGUCAGAUUUGUACCUAAACCACACCUGCUAAGAAGCUUUGCAUGUAAUAAAAUUGUGAUGUGACAUCAUUGUAGCUUC